AUGAAUCAGUCUGUUUUUUCUGCUGCCGGCAGGAUUGAUGUCAGCUGGUUCCACAAACAUGGCGUCUGCCAGAUGAUAGUCUUCAUCACCUAUGUCUGCGGCUUCCUGUCCGUUUGGAUGGUCGUCAUGGUGACACUGGAAAACUACAUUCGGAUUUGCCAUCCCCACCAGGUGCACACCUGGUGCACGCCAGGGAAAGCCCGGGUAGUUUUGCUGGUGCUAGGAUUAACGGCCGUGUUUUGCUACAACUUUCCUCUGUGGACAACAUACAGCGACACGACACAAAACAAGAGUAUAUGCUCUCUAAAUCCAGGGUACUCCAAUUUUAACGAAGGCCUGACGUACUUCGACACAGCAAUGACGUUAGUAAUACCCGCGAUCCUAGUUUUCUCCUUCAUGUGUGGAAUCUUCGUCUCACUACUUGCCGUCUACAAGAGAAAUAAGCGGAUGAAGAAACUAG